AAUGGGUAGCAAAACCUUGCCAGCACCAGUGCCCAUCCACCCAUCUCUGCAGCUCACCAAUUAUUCCUUCCUUCAGGCAGUGAAUGGCCUGCCCACUGUGCCCUCGGACCACCUGCCCAACCUGUAUGGUUUCAGUGCAUUGCAUGCUGUGCACCUGCACCAGUGGACGCUGGGCUAUCCAGCCAUGCAUUUGCCACGCUCCUCUUUUUCCAAAGUGCCUGGUGCUGUGUCCAGCCUGGUAGAUGCACGCUUCCAGCUGCCAGCCUUUCCCUGGUUCCCUCAUGUCAUCCACCCCAAGCCGGAGAUCACUGCUGGAGGCAGUGGUCCAGCGCUCAAGACCAAACCACGCUUUGAUUUCGCCAACCUGGCCUUGGCUGCCACGCAAGAAGAUCCAUCCAAGCUUGGCCGGGGGGAGGGCCCUGGUUCCCCCACAGGUGGGUUGGGAGCCCUCCUGGAUGUGACCAAGCUGUCUCCAGAGAAGAAGCCCACUAGGGGACGUCUGCCUUCUAAGACCAAGAAGGAGUUCGUCUGCAAGUUCUGUGGCCGCCACUUCACCAAGUCCUAUAACUUACUUAUCCACGAGCGAACACACACGGAUGAAAGGCCCUACACCUGUGACAUCUGCCACAAAGCCUUCCGGAGGCAAGACCACCUACGGGAUCACAGAUAUAUUCACUCCAAAGAGAAGCCUUUCAAGUGUCAAGAGUGCGGGAAAGGAUUCUGCCAGUCCAGGACUCUGGCUGUCCACAAGACGCUACACUCACAGGUGAAGGAGCUCAAAACCUCCAAGAUCAAAUGCUAAAUAGAGUCUCCAGGUUACCAGGACCCCUGGGCUUGAAGGUGACUCUUCUUCCAGAAGGACCUUCUCUGAGGGACCUAAGAAACCUGACGGCGACUUCGGUGGACAGCAGGAGAGGCGCUAGGGACGGUCCCCUACCCCAAUAUUGUCCCCUGGGUCCCUGGCGCGCGCGGCACUCCACAGCCCCUCCCGGGCCAUGACCCUGACCUCCUGGGGCGGCUCCCCGUGGACGCCGCUAAACUCUUGGCCAAAAGGCGGUACUCACGUGUCGAAAGGGAAACUGCAUUAAAAAAAGAACGAAAGCUGCGCAGAGCCGCAGUGGCGUCUCUCCCAGAAGUAUUACUUUUUCUAUUGUUAUUUUGUACGUUUUCUUUAUUAUUUCUUCCUUUGACCAUAUAAGCUUGUAACUGACUGCGGAAAG